GGUUGGGGGUUACACGCGUGGGGCAUUGGUGUGAAACAAACAAAAAAAUCAUUGCGAGAAUGGAGAUCGGGCUGUCAAACGGCCGCGACACGGUUCAUGUGAACGCUUUCGAGAUAGCGUCCAUGGGCCGGGCUCUCGCCGACACGAUGCCCUGGCAGCGCUGGGGCGACCUCGGCACGGGCCGCAAGGUCGCCCUCCUCUUGGCCGUCCCCUCCGGAGCUGCGCUGCUCUACUUCCUGUACCACCGCCUGCGUGAGUAUGGUGACGAGGACUUGGCGCAGAACGGCAGCGGUGUGGCGCGCAGGAUCCUCACGACGGUGGAGAUGAGUGUCCCCGUGUCGGCCUUGGGCGCCAUCAUCGGCAAGCAGGGCGCCACCAUCAACCAGCUCCAACGGGAGACGGGGGCGCAGGUGUUUGUGCAGCGGGCGCCGAGGGGCGAGCGAGACGCACGUGGCCAGGAGGUGGUGCGCAUUCGCGGCACGCCGGACGACGUGUGCCGCGCCAGCGUCGCCCUCCACCGCAUCGUGGCGGAGAGCGCCACCGCCGUGGAGGAGCUGCGCCUCCCGCAGAGGGCGGUCGGCAGGAUCAUGGGCCGAGGUGGGCAGAACAUCCGCGCCAUCCAGCGGCACUCCAACGCCAAGAUCAACUGCGAGCACGCAGGCGGGCUGCACCCGGACAGCGAGAGGGUGUUUACCAUCGUGGGCACGCACCAGCAGAUCGAGAUGGCGAAGUCGCUGCUCCUCGAGAAAGUGGCGGAGGAAGAGGACUUCCGGAGCGAGGUGCUCUCCUCCGUGGCCGCACGCCACAAGAGGAAGGUGUCUGGGACGUGCCACUCGGUACGCGGCCCCAACCUCAACGUCACCGCCGCGACCACCGCCGUCGCCGUGGCUACUACAGCCACUGUCGCCUGCACCUUCACCACCGCAGCCGCCACUUUCACCACCGCCACCACCACCGUCGCCUGCACCCCCGCCACCACCGCCACUUUCACCACCGCCGUGGCUGCCGCCACCACUGUCGCCGCCUGCAACUUCACCACCGCUAUCACCACCUCCAGCACCGCCAAUGCCGCCACCGCCUUCACCUUCACCACGUGGCCCGGACAGCGCCCGCCCCCCAGCAGGAGUGAGGGCUCCGAGCCGUGCCCAGAAGAGACGACGGAACCCGUGUCGUCCCACGAGUCGUCCCGCGAGUCGUCCCACGAGUCGUCCCGCGAGUCGUCCCACGAGUCGUCCCACGAGUCGUCCCAGGAGGUCCGCAGGGCCACGUUUGAAGUGCCGAGCCCGGUGGCGGCGACGGCGGCCGGCGAGUUCUUUGAGGUGUACGUGUCGGCCCUCGAACACCCGGGCCACGCGUGGCUGCAGAUCCUGGGGCCGCGCUCGCUGCAGCUCGACCGGCUCACCGCCGAGAUGAGCAUCUACUACGGCUCGGAGGACUCCGCCGCCGAGGCCGUGCCCGCGCCUGGCAUUGGCGACGUGGUAUCCGCCCCCUUCGACCACGCGAGCGUGUGGUACCGCGCCCGCGUCGCCCGUCCUGCGAGCGCCGACACGGUGGAGCUCUACUACGUGGACUACGGCGACAGCGCCGUCGUGCCCGCCGGCAACCUGCGGCCUCUGCGGAGCGACUUUCUGAGUCUCCCCUUCCAAGCGGUCGAAUGCAGCCUCGCCCAGGUGAAGCCAGUCGGCGCGUGCUGGAGCGAGGAGGCGAGCGACGCGUUUGAGCGGCUCACGCACUGCGCCUGCUGGACGGCGCUGCAGGCCAAGAUCGUGCGCUACGUGGCCACGGACAGCGGCGGCGUCGUGCCCAGCGUGCAGCUCGUCGACGCCACUGGCGAGCAGAGCGUGGACGUCGCCGCGGAGCUCGUGAGGCUGGGCCACGCCGCCUGGGAGGAGCCCGAGCCGGAGGAGGGCACCGGCGGCACCGGCGGCACUGGCGGGGGGCAAAGCCCGGGGCCGGCAGCUGCCAAGAUUCAGAACGGAACCGCGUUGACCGUGUCGGCUCCUGAAGUCGGAGGAGACGCCGAACCGUCGGACGAGCAGCUGGAGGAGCAGCUGGACGAGCAGCUGGACGAGUCUGCAGGUGACUCCGGCGUGAGUCCAGGGAUCCGCGAGCCGCGUGCGGAGACGACGACCGGAGAAGAGGGAAGCCUUCAAGGAACGCUCUCAACCUAGCGGGGGGA